AUCUCCUAAUAGCGAGUCAGAGGAAAGGGUGGUUGCGACAAAAUUCCCUCUUACGCAGGACAUGGACGAAGAACAAUCCGAUGGGUGGUUUUUUGAACUAUAAAACCGGAUCCCGUCCCGUGGAAGGAAGUCAUCAUUCACUCAGUCUCUCUCAGAUUUCGGUUAUUCAGAAUGCGAUUCCUUGGUCUCUUUCCCUCGUACAGCUUGGGUGCUUGUCUGGGAGUCCUUCUAUAUACUGGGGCUGCUGUUGCCGAUGUAUAUGACGGGGGCUGCACCGGAAGCUCCUCUGUCAAGCUGCGUAUCGGCAACGGUGGUGCUGGCCAAAGUGGCCUGGUCAAGGAGCUUUCUGACAGAUUUAUCAAGAACCAGACAGAUGAUUGCCGCAGUCACAAUCUCUUCAAGGUGGAGUGGGUCAAAGGUGAUACUACGGAAACCAUAAGCAAUAUGGGCGCCGGCAAGGUCGAUAUCGGAAUCACCUACAGUGCUGCAGCCGAAGAAAUUGCCAUCAAGUCCGGUACUGCGAAGGGCUGCAAAUAUCGUGGGAAUGCCACCAGCGGAAUGCCCUGCUUCGGCGAGUGCAAGGGACAUACUGAACGACCAUGCUAUACUUUCCGCGAUCACUUCUACCUAGCUGGUCCAAAGAACAAUACUCCAGAAAUCACGAGCUCUGAUGAUAUCUCUGUCACCUUCUCAAAGCUUUACAACGCGGCCGAAAAUGGGACAGCCCGUUUCCUCAGCCGGUACGACAAGUCGGCCACCAACAUCAAGGAUGCGCAGCUCUGGAUUAAUAUCGGACAGGUUCCGUGGGCGACUGCGUACUCAAAGUGGUACCACCAAUAUGUUGCCUACCCUGUCCAGGCUUUGAAGGCAGCGAUUCUGCUAGAAGAGUUUACCAUUACCGACCGCGGAACCUUCCUCACCCUAAGGGAUGAAAACGAAGGCCUCACCAACAGGGCCAAGAUCUAUAAGAGCGGGGACAAGGUGUCUGAGCUUCUCAACCCAGCGGAUAUCAUCAUCUCCACGAAAGCCAAGGGCGAGACAGACCAGCUGGCCAUGGCUUUCAUAAAAUGGGCCCUCGGUGGCGAAGGCCAGGCGGUCAUUGCCAAUUUCCAGAAAAAAGACAAGUACUGCUUGUACAAGGGCUACCCGGGAGGCCCGACGGUCAGUCCAUCGUGCAAGUGGGAUAUUGAGGGACAAAGUCGUGAACCUGAUCGUUUGGACGGCCAGUUUGACCUCUGAUUCCACCCACUGAUGCAUAAUCACACCACACUAAUCUGAAUAUAUGUCUAUGUUUGAACCUUUGAUCAAUUGGAUCAAACGCCGGGGUUGGCAGAUGUGGUGUUCGGGGUUGGUCCCGUCGGUCUACUGUGCGGCGCGGUUGCGCGGGCUUUCGGGGCAGCAAAAUUGCUUUCCGCAUCUUGUGGGGACUAGGCGUACAGAAGAACCAACAAUGGCAAGCAUAUAACAUCUUAUACAGUACGUGGUAGUACUGCUACUGCC